ACUCAAACACUCUGGAAAUCGCCGAUCCCCACGCCACUCCGUCCUCCCAUCUUCGUCUGUAGUCUCUCGCCAUGAUCUUCUACUGUUAUAAUCGGAUGGAUUGAUGGGAAGCUUUAAAGUGAUGAAGGUAUCUACAGAGCAGAUAAUUGAUGAUGGGUAUGACAAAAUCAGCCUUUUACCUGAUUGCAUCCUUCAUGAUAUUCUGUCCUAUCUUCCUACUAAAGAGGCUGUGUCAACAUGUGUGCUAUCUAAAAGAUGGAAGUACUUAUGGACUUCUGUUCCCAGCAUCAACUUUGAUGAUUCGUUGCUGUACUCUAGUCAGUUUGACUUUUGGCAUCCACUUGAUGUCACGCGUUUCAUGACUUUUGUUGAGAGGGUGCUUCUACUAAGAGACACAUCUGACGUGAAAAGAUUCCGCCUUUCUUGUCGUGUUUGUUUCAGUGCAUCUCGUGUCAAUGAAUGGAUUUUAGCUGCUAUCAGGCGAAAUGUUCAAGAGCUUGAUCUUUGCCUUUUUGUGGAGGAACCUUUUGCGCUACCCAGUUGCGUUUUUGAUAAUGAAUUGCUCACAGUCCUAAGAUUAGAAAUGAAUUGUACCCUUCAGCUGCCUCCUCGAAUUUCUUUCCCAUGCCUUAGAACAUUGCACCUUUGUCUUGUCACAUUUCCUAAUGAUAACUUGAUGCAAACUCUAUUCUCUAGUUGUCCAUUUCUAGAAGAAUUGGCUGUGUUAGAUUGUGAAUGGAUGAAUUUGAGGAGUAUCUCGAUAACUAUGCCUUCACUUAAGGUCUUAAUAAUAGAUGAUUUGCCAUUUUGUUCGGUCGAUGAUCUUCGGGGUUGUGAUAUCAAGAUUGAUGCUGGAAAUCUGAUAUUCUUCAAGUACAGUGGUUAUCUAUCAAAUAAGAUCAAUUUAUAUGGUCUUUCUUCGUCGGCACUAGCAUUAAUUCACAUCCCAAACCAUUGUGGGAGGCAGCGGGAGAUUGCUUGUCGAACCAUCAAGCUGUUUGGAGGGCUGAGAAACGUUAGUAGCUUGAGAAUAUCCAGCGGCACCAUUGAGUCUCUCUUUCUUGUGGAGCACGUGAUGGAUCGCCUUCCAGUGUUUGAGAACCUGACCCUCUUGGAGUUAAGGGGGGAAUUUGGGGAGCAUUCUACCAAGCUGUUGAUAAAGUUUCUACAAUGCUUGCCUAAGUUAGAAUCUCUUGAUUUUUGCGAGGGACUUGGUCGCUGUGAAGACAGUUCCAGGCUGACAUCAGUUCCGAAUUGUGUCUUGUCGAGUCUCAAGACAGUUAACUACCGGAACCUCCAUGGGACUAAUAGAGAAAUAUGGUUUAUGAAGUUUUUGCUGGAAAAUGCAAUUGUAUUGGAGAAAAUGAAUGUAUUUUGGUCCAAUAGUUCCUCUCGUGAUCAAAUCAGCCGAAAGGAAAUCAACAAUCAGUUGCAUACACUCUAUAGAGGCUCCAAGAAUUCUGCACUUACUGUUCACAUGAAACCUCCAUGUAGCUUGUAGAUGACUGUUUAGUCACUGACGCCAUCUCACAGGCGCACCAUGUCCAUUUGCUGAUCUGCUCACACUAACACCACCUUCAAUGAACCAGUCGCUAGCUGCUGAUGUAUCUUGCUUGAGGUUUUUUGUGUUACUUCUGUUCAACAUUGGAACAUCAGAACUACCAGAAGACCCCCAACUUACUGACGUUCAUGGGCUGCCCUUUACUGAUGAAUUUUGUUUGACAUAUAGCUUUUGAAUAGUUGUUCAUAUAUGUAUAUUGAUGCCCAUAAUGUCAUACUAGUCAAAACUUGGGUGUUUUUGUUUAAUGUAUUCUCAAGCGGUAGAUUCCUUCAGUGUCUUUGAUUUCAUGACGGGGUGCCAUUGUCCAUUUUGUCGUUUACAAAGAAAUUUGAAUGCAUAGAUGGUGUUGGCACA